AAGUGGCCUGCUCGACGGUGACAUCUUCGUUCAACCCUCCUAGGCCUUGCCGUCGCCAUAGCUCUGAUCGCAAAUCCGACUGAAGCCUGGAUAUACCUCCCGCAGUACGACGAUCGCCAACCAGAAUCGAGCAGCAUCGGAUGGGUCGCUCAAGCACGCUGCGCUGCAGGAUUACAUAAAGUCUAUUCCUGGAAACGUCGUCACCAUGCAUUGGAAAGCACUGCGCCUCGGCUCCUCCGACAACGAAGCCAAAAGACGGAGCUAUUUGUUUGAUCCACCGCAGUCCCGUCACAGCGAACAGAUACCUCGACCGACGCUCUCCACGACCGCCCUUGCCCCCAGACACUCCGAGUCCGCUCCACGCUCCCCGUCGCUGGUCGGCCCAGAUGAUGCCGAACAUAAUGAGCUUAGGGCUGAGGACCAUAGAUUGACCCAAAGUCGCAGUCGCGGAGAUGACUCCGCGACAAAGCCCAGAAACGCUGGAAACUCGCUGUUGCCGGGGAGCGGCCCAAAUUGGCGCAUCAACCGUUUCAGUUUCAUGAGGCUUCGUCAUGCGUCGGACCCGCAAUUGUCGAAAACUUACGCUAAGGGAGAGCAGGAGAUCCCUCCGGUGCCGUCCCUACCCCCGCCCCCUACCAUUAUCACGACCGCGCCGACAAGUCAUGAGCUGGAGGAACCGGUUAAGCGAAAGCACAAAUUCAAGCUCUUCCCCGAAACGAAAAAUGCGACGGUGGAAGAGCUCCCCUUACAGCAAUCCGGCCUCAAUGGGAAGCCCCGACAUAUCGCUCAGGAUUCGACUGGGUCACAGACUGUUUAUCCCAGUCGACCGGCAUCGCGAGUGAGUGGUGAGGAACCCGGUCGCUUGUCGACUACGUCUAUACGGAGCAAUGGCCGGGAGCAACUGAAUGAUUCCCACCGCUCCUCUGUGACGGAUGCGCGGUUUUCGGAGUCCUCCCGUUCUGACCAAGACCGCGGCGAUCAUGGAGCUGCCCGUGGCAUCCCUUCGGGCGAGGGUUCGAUCUCUAGCACAAAACGAUUUCGUAUGCCUCGCUUGAAGAGGAACAAGGGCCCUCUUUUCCCAUUACCCCCUAAACCGCCCGGAUCGCAAUCGCUCAAUGGGCGGAUGCCCAAGUCAGUGCCUGGCCCUUCGGUCCCGACAUCGGACAUUUCAGAUGAUCAAGAUCGAGACCACGUCUCACCGCUGCCAUCACCGUCGCGUUCCUCGGCCGGGGUGUCCUCUCCUCGACCUCCUUUGCUGAGAAAGGACUCGGCGAAUUCCGCCCACUCGAGUCACUCGACCCCUUCCAUUCGACAUCGCAACCCUCCCACCACGCGGGCUCGAUCAUCUACGCUGGAUUCCCUAGCCAAUAUACGGGAUAGUGAGCAACAACCGUCACCUCACCUCACGUCGUCGGGGCGGACGUCCACUUCAACCAGUGGCCGUAAGAGCUUUGGCGAUAUCUUCAACAUCCCGCAACGACUUCGGCAGAACUCCGAACCCCCGUUCCCCAGGAGUGGGUCCCCUGCGGCCAGAGGCGCGGAGACCCCGGUCUCCAAGUCGCCAUCCUAUCCAGAGAGGCAGGAAGGCGAUACUCCGGCCACGUACCUUGAACGGCUUGAGGCCACUGUUCCCAAGGGGGUAAUUGCCAGCGUCCUCUCCCAGUCAGGCGACGAAUUCUAUAAGACCGCCUUACGCAAGUACAUGCGGGGCUUCUCCUUCUUCGGCGACCCCAUUGAUAUGGCCAUUAGGAAACUAUUGAUGGAGGUGGAACUACCAAAGGAAACACAGCAGAUAGACCGCUUCAUCCAGAGCUUUGCAGACAGAUACCACGAGUGCAACCCGGGUAUCUUUGCGAGUACAGACCAGGCAUACUUCAUUGCAUUCUCGAUUCUGAUCCUACAUACCGAUGUCUUCAACAAGAACAAUAAGCGGAAGAUGCAGAAGCCGGAUUACGUCAAAAACACCCGCGGGGAAGGCAUCUCCGAAGAUAUCCUGGAGUGUUUUUACGAGAACAUCUCUUACACCCCCUUCAUUCACAUCGAAGACACCAACCCCAACGGACGUCAUCUCGCAAAGCCGCGACGAGCUCUAUUCAAGACUGCCAGUUCAGACCAUCUCGGCCGUUCCACGAAGGAACCGGUGGAUCCCUACACCCUCAUAAUGGACGGGAAACUUGACUCGCUCCGACCCAGCCUCAAGGAUGUGAUGAACCUGGACGACCCCUAUCGUUGUGAUGGGACGGAAGGCCCGCCGGACAUUGCAAGCCUCCAUCGUGCCUUUUCUAAAACGGCCGUCUUACAGAUCGUCUCCCUGCGUUCACGGCCUGAUGCCUUUAUGCCUUCCAGCAUGGAAAACCCGAUUGAUUCCAACCCAGGCCUGGUGGAUAUCAGAAUAGCCAAGGUGGGAUUGCUCUGGCGCAAGGACCCAAAGAAGAAGAAGGCUCGGUCGCCAUGGCAAGAAUGGGGUGCCCUCCUCACGUUCUCGAAGUUGUAUUUCUUCCGGGACGUUAACUGGGUGAAAUCGCUCAUCCACCAGCACGAGUCACACCUCAAAGAAGGCCGCCGUCGAGCUGUCAUUUUCAAACCACCGCUGACCGACUUCAAACCGGACGGCAUCAUGCCGACUGAUGAUGCAGUGGCCUUGCUGGAUUCCAGUUACAAAAAGCACAAGCAUGCAUUUGUCUUUGUCCGCCAUAACGCCUUGGAGGAGGUCUUCCUGGCCAAUAGCGAAUCGGACAUGAACGACUGGCUGGCAAAGCUGAAUUAUGCCGCAGCCUUCCGAACCACGGGCGUCCGAAGCAAGGGCAUGAUGGCUACGGACUACGAAGCGCAGCGGAACCGGAUGAGCCGCCGGGGCUCUAGUGUCUCCUUGACGGACAUGGAACCCCCUUCCCCGAACCCUGAGGCCGACAUGGGCGAAGACCUGAUUGUCGCGCGGGAUCAUCUGAUGCGCCAGAAGAUCCGAGAGGCCAACGAAAAACUUUUUGUCAGCCAACGGCAGCUGGAUGAUUUGCUGCGAAACGCGAGGCAUUUGCAAGUCCUGACCCCGGUGCACUCCAGAGCACGAGAAAAUGUCAUCAUGGCUGCGGGACGUAUGGCUGCCAAGCUCAAAUGGGUGAGGCAGGAUAUCUGGCGUACCAGAUGCUACCGGGAGGUGCUUGUUCGUGACUUGGGUGAAGGUGAAGGAGGGGCACAGUCUCUGGCCGACCAGAAGCGCUUGAAGCUGCAUAUUCCUAUGGAUACCGCCGGACCCGAACCGGAAGCACCCGAUGAGACGGCGGAGGAGAAAGUGGCAUCGCCGAUGAAAGAGACUGUGCCUCCUUCACCGCACCCUGACUCCGUCAAGUCGCCAUCUGUCACCCAACCACCAGCACCACAACCCGCUGCAGAAGAGGACCUGCGGAGACCGAGCGUUCCAGCGUCUUUCACAUCGGUGGAGGUUGGCUCCCGCGCCGGUCGACGGCUCUCAAUGGACGAUCUCAAGGCCCGUACGAAGUCUAGCUCUCCCGAGCCAACGAAUCGAUUGACCCGCGAAGCCUCUAUGCUCAGUGCUGCCAGCAAGCUGGACGUUGCCAGUUUGGCCUCGCGUGCCUCCAAGAUCACCGCACCUGGCAGCUUCGAUGAUGGCGAGGAGCGAAUCCUUCGUGAGGCUGGUUUGCUGGAGGUGAAUACCGCGCCCCAAACCAAGAGACAAUCUCUUGUCAUCAAGGAUGGCGACGUCGAUCAGAACCCAACUGACUCGCAAGAGACGCCUCAGCUGGACCGUUCCAGUCGGAUUCGCCGCAGUCUCCACCGGACUCUUCGAGAUGCGCCCGGCGUGCACCAUGGCCAUCAUCCUCGCAGCAAGAAGUCACGCGAGUCGGCUGCUGGCAUGGCCGCGCUCGAGGAUGGUCAAUUGUUGCCUGAAGGUGAAGGACUCUCUCGGAAGUCGGCCAGCUUCACUGUCCACGGCAAAAAGGCAUCGAUUGUCACUUUCGGCAGCGAGUGGCAGAACAUGCCGCCUGAGGAACGUCUCAAGCUCCGGAAACCGACCCCAUCGGAAGAACCCAGAGCGUCCGAUCCAGUUAUCACCAGCAGCGCCAAUUCCAUCACCUCGGAGUCUCUGCAUCCUGGUCAUCCGCAGUCCUUGCGCAGUAUGAGCCCCGGCAACCGGGAUAGCGUCAAUGACAUUGAAGAGUCCGAAGAGAUGGAGGAACUGCCCCCACGGUUUUACAGUGAUGAGACCAUCGAUUCGAGCUCCAAAGUGACGGAAAAUUCCUUCGUCACGGCGAACCAGGACCCAUCCCCAGCGCCGGUGACUGACGAUAGCAACGCCAUGGACGAGACCACGCCUAAGAAACUUUCCGCCAACCCACAGGCUGUGAAUGCCUAAGGGAGAAAACACCGGAUGGAAAGUCGAAAAAAUAAUCUUCAAACUCAUCUCACCCUCGUCAAGACUCCUCUAAUCUCCUCUUGCUUCUUUCAUUUACGACUGACUUCGUUUCUUUAUACCCCUCAUCAUCUUUCAUUCCAUUCCAUCUCAUUGCAUCUGUCCUUCUCUCUCGUUCGUAUUACUACUACCUCUUAUGUGCUUUAAAGUUGUCACGUUACGUCUCUUUUCCUGUCAAAUCGGAUAGAAUCAGGGCGCGGGCUCCCCUAGAUCGAGUCCGCGCCGUUACGACCUUGAUACC